CAGUCGCUCUCACACUGGCUCACAAGGGAUGUUAGGAAUUCAAUUACUCUCCCUCUCUUCCAUACGGGUUAUAUGAUUAGGUGGCGAGGGAAAUGCCAUAUAGUUUCACGCAUUUGUGAUUAUUUUUUGCUGAUAGUGAGUUGUGCAAUUCCCCGGGGAGGUGUUUUUCUCCAUUUAACUACUAGGUGUUUACACCAAUCAAAUCCUCAGGAGUCAACUUUCCUAGAGAGCUGCGGGGUCGCUGACCUAAUUACCACCUGUUAUGGUGGUCGAAAUCGCAAGAUAGGGGUUGCGUUGGCGACGUCGGAAAAGUCGGUAGUUGAUCUUGAGGCCGAGCUUCUUGGCGGCCAAUCGGCACAGGGCGUGCUUACUGCCGGAGACGUCUUCGAGAUGCUGCAUGCUCGUGGUUUGGAGGCAGACUUUCCCAUCUUCACUAUGGUACAUCGAAUUUGUCAACGUCAGGAGAAGGCGAGCCUCUUCAUUAAAUGCAUCAGGCAUCACCCGGCCCACAGAUGCAUCUAUAACAAUUUAGAAAAAAAUUAA